UCUCAGAUGCAGAUAAAGCCAUGUUUCUUGAAGUGAUGAAACGAUAUGUUAAUAUAAUAGAAUUUAAAACACAUGAUAACAUGAUAAUUAAAAAGAAGAGGAAAGCUUGGGAUGACAUACUUGUUGAUUUUAAUGCUGAUGCAACAGUGACAAAAACAUUAGGCCAAUUAAAGAUACUAUGGAAGGACUGUAAGGCUAAGGCAAAAAAGCAAUGUCUAAAGAGAAGAGGGAAAGAAUAAAAACUGGCGGUUGAAGUAAUUACUAUGAAAUUGACCUAACCUCAAAAACCAUUGUUGACACGAUUCCCCAACUUUUUGAAAGUGUGUCAGAUGUACAAGACGAUGAUAAGGAAGAGGAAAACAUGAUAAGUAAUGAGGAACACAAUUCAGAGAAGGAAGAUGAACCUGUACAUCAAAGUGAAAUUAAUGAUAAUUCAAAUUUGGUGAAUGAGGAGGUGCCCACUUCAAAAGAAACCAACAGCAUGACAUCAAAUAAAUGUAAGACGAAUCCAUGGCAAAAAAGGCCUGCAAAACGACGGUGUACAACCACUGAAAUUGCUGACAAAGUGACAGAUUUCCAUUCACUGAAACUUAAGCUGCUUCGAGAGGAGCAUGCAGCUAGAAUGAUGUUCAUUGAAAAGGAAAGAGAAUUUGCUGAAACUGAACACGUACUCCGUAUGGAUAUACUGCAGAAAAUUAGUAAUAGUAUUACAAACCACACAUCUUCAAAUGGACCAAUACCAAUACACUAUGAGAAUGUGGUUGAAAACACUAGCGAUGAUGUUUAUUUAAAUAAUUUAGCAUCAAUGGAAAAUUUAUUACUUUGUAAAGAUAAUUUGUUACCUUUGUAAAAUCUCAUACAGCUGAACAUUUUGUAAUUUCAUAUGUAGCAAUGCUGUAAAAGUUUUGUUUUGUU